GUCCAGAAGCCCAGAGCAGAGUCACCUACAACCAGCCUGCUAUCAAUGAAGAGUGAUCAGCCACCUGCUUUCAGCCAGGAACCAUUACCASAUGACAAUAAGGAAGUGGAGAGUUUGGACAGUGAGGAUGAAUUAAAGAUCACACACAACCUUCUGGAAAGAAGAAGUSAAACUCUGCUGACAGUCCAACAAGACAUUAAGGCUAAACUGAAACACAAGUAUCAACACAUAUCUGAAGGAAUUGGACACCAUGGAAACCAAAGUCUGUUCAAGGACAUCUACACAGAGCUCUACAUCACAGAGGGUGGAAGUGGAGGGCUCAAUAAUGAACAUGAGGUUAGACAGAUAGAGAUGGCAUCCAAGAAACAAACCACACAAGAGACACCAAUCAAAUGCAACGACAUCUUCAAGCCUUUACCUGGACAAGACAAACCUAUCAGAACUGUGCUGACMAAAGGAAUCGCUGGCAUUGGAAAAACAGUCUCUGUGCAGAAGGUCAUCCUUGACUGGGCAGAGGGAAAAGCAAAUCAGGACGUUCAUUUCAUGUUUCCUCUUCCUUUCCGUGAUCUGAACCUGAAAAAGGACCAAUACAGUCUGAUGCAACUUCUUUCCCACUACUUCUCAGAGCUGAAAGAGAUUGACAGCAUUGAAGAUGGUGAAACCAAAACUGUUUUAAUUUUUGAUGGUCUGGAUGAGUGUCGACUUCCUCUAGACUUCAWAAACAAUGAGAAGUGCUGUGAUGUCACGAAGCCAACUUCAGUGGAUGUGCUGAUGACAAACCUCAUCGAGGAGAAUCUGCUGCCGGAUGCUCACCUCUGGAUAACCUCACGGCCUGCAGCAGCCAAUCAGAUCCCUCCUGAGUGUGUUGACCAGGUAACAGAGGUACGAGGGUUCAAUGAUCCACAAAAGGAGGAGUAUUUCAGGAAGAAAAUCACAGAUCAGAAUCUGGCAAAUGAUAUCAUCAAACACAUGAAGACAUCAAGGAGCCUCCACAUCAUGUGCCACAUACCAGUCUUCUGUUGGAUAUCAGCCACUGUCCUUGAGAUGAUGCUGAAAGAGGCGGAGAAGGAUGAAGUCCCCAAAACUCUGACCCAGAUGUACUCACACUUCGUGCUCAUCCAAAUCAUUGUGAAGAACAGGAAGUACAACAAAGCCACAGAGACAAACCCAAAGGAACUGUCUCAGUCAGACAAAGCAAUGAUCCUGAAACUGGCAAAGCUGGCUUUCCAACAGCUGCAGAAGGGCAACCUGAUCUUCUAUGAGGAGGACCUGAUGGACCAGGCCUUGAAGAGUGAGAAUGGACACCUGGACCUGUUCCUCCGCUUCCUUCUGGGUCUCUCACUGGAGUCCAAUCAGAAUCUGUUACGAGGCCUUCUGACACAGACAGGAAGUACAACACAGACCAAUGAGGAAACAGUUGAGAGAACAGUCAGGUACCUUUCAGACAAGAUCAACCAGGAAUCCUCACCAGAAAGGAUCAUCAACUUGUUCCACUGUCUGAAUGAACUUGGUGCCAACUCUCUAGUUGAAGACAUGCAGACCUCCCUGCGAUCAGGAACUCUUUCAGAAACAGAGCUUAAACCUGACCAAUGUUCAGCCCUGGCCUACCUGUUACUGAUGUCAGAGGAGGUGCUGGAGGAGUUUGACCUGAAGACAUACAACACAUCAGAGGAAGGUUAUCAGAGGUUGCUGCCGGUAGUGAAAACCUGCAAGAGAGCACUACUGGAUCACUGUAAACUCACAUAUAAAUCCUGUGAGACUCUGRCCUCAGCUCUGCAGACACCAAACUCCCCCCUGAGAGAACUGGACCUCAGCUACAAUGACCUGGGAGACAGAGGAGUGGAGCUGCUCUGUGUUGGACUAACCAGUCCACUCUGCAACAUACAGACGCUAGUUCUAGGUCAGUGUGGUCUGACAGAAGGUUGCUGUUCAGAACUGGCCUCAGUUCUAAGUUCACCAAACUCACAACUAAAACAACUGGAGCUGAGAGACAAUGACCUGCAGGACUCAGGAGUUACACUGCUGUCUGCUGGACUGGAGGAUCCAGACUGUAAACUACACACACUGGGGCUGUCUGGCUGUCUGGUCACAGAGGAGGGCUGUGCUGCUCUGUCUUCAGCUCUGAGGUCAAACCCCUCCCACCUGAAAGAGCUGGACCUGAGCUACAAUCACCCAGGAGACUCUGCAGGAGGACUGCUUUCAGCUACUCUGGUGGAUCCCACAUAUAAACUGAUGAAGCUGAAUGUGGAUCAUGGUGGAGAGUGCWGGCURAAAUCAGGGCUGAGGAAAUAUGUCUGUCAUCUAACCCUGGACCCAGAUACAGCACACCCAAACCUGAUACUGUCUGAGGGGAACAGGAAGGUGACACGGGUGUUGAAGGAGCAGCAUUAUGAAGACCAUCCAGACAGAUUUGAUUAUUAUCCCGACGUUCUCUGCAGAGAAGUCUUAUCUGGAUGUCGUUAUUACUGGGAGGUGGAGUGCGAUGGUCCCGGGGCUAACAUUGGUGUGGUGUACAAAGGAAUGAAGAGGAAGGGAGGGGGGGAUGACAGUAGGACUGGACACAAUAGGAAGUCCUGGAGUUUAAGCUACUCUGAUUGUCGUUGCACUGGUAGAAGUUAUACGUUUAGCCAUGCUGGUGUCAGAAGAUCCAUCUCUCGUCGUGAUUGGAGGAGAUCCAUCCCUCGUUCUGAUUCUAACAGAGUUGGAGUGUAUCUGGACUGGCCAGCUGGUACUUUGACCUUCUAUAGUGUGUUCUCCGCUGGUACACUGACACACCUUCACACAGAACACACCACAUUCACUGAACCCCUUUAUCCUGAGUUUGGGGUUUACUCCUCCUCCUCAGUGACCCUGUGUCAGAUAGAUUCCCAACACAUUCAGAGAGACCAUGGUGGAGAGAGUUGGAUCAAGCCUGGACCUGAGAACACCAGAGACCAUGGUGGAGAGUGUUGGAUCAAGCCUGGACCUGAGAACACCAGAGACCAUGAUGGAGAGUGUUGGAUCAAGCCUGGACCUGAGAAAUGGAUUCCUCCGAGCUGUAAGACUUGUGACCAUGUUGAAGACUCCACACACUGGCUUCAGAUUGAACCCUUGACUUCCACUGUCCAGGGAGUGACAAUGUUCAGGUAAAAUAACUACU